AUGUCUAGCCUCGUGAUAGCCCUGCUGCUUCUGGCGGGGCUGGGGUUCGGCGCACGACCCAAAGUGGCAGCCGUGACGGUGACGUCGACGGUCGAGACGACGGUCUGGGUGGACGCGCCGAGCGCAUCCGCGACCACGGCGCCGGGUUGCUGGGAGUCGUCCGAGUCGUCCUCGUCGGCGGCGGUGACCGAGUCCGCGCACCGCGCCUCGACGCAUACAGGCCCGUCUUUCACCAUACACGUCACCGCCGUCGGCAACGACACGGCGCUUCCCUAG